AUGAAUAAAAGUUCUAAAAAUAGCUCUGGCAGCAACAACAAAGUUGUCAAACUUGUCGGCAUUACCAUCGGUGUUUGUGUGGUGCUGAUAUUUCUAAUUAUACUCUUUCACUUGAUGAGGAAGAAACUACAAAGGUUGAAAAAACUAGAGUCAGAUAUACCAGCUCCAGAAAAACGAGUCAAAGAUUUCACAUUAAAAGAUGGGGUGGUGGUGUCAAAUAAAAGAGAUUAUUAUGGUGAAACAAAGACAGAUGAACUUGAGUUACCUUUGUUCGAUUUUAUGACACUUGUUAUGGCUACAAACAACUUCUCGAACUCAAGUAAGCUUGGGCAAGGCGGGUUCGGGUGUGUUUAUAAGGUAGGCGAGGUUGUAGCGGUAAAAAGGCUCUCAAGAAUUUCUGAUCAAGGGAUUGAAGAACUUAAAAACGAGGUUCAGUUAAUCGCAAAACUCCAACAUCGGAACCUUGUUCCAGUAUUAGGUUGUUGCGUUGAAGCCGAAGAGAAGUUAUUGGUUUAUGAGUUCAUGGAAAAUAAAAGUCUCGAUAUGUUCCUUUUUGAGAAAAACGUGACACUCACUUGGAAAAUCAAACUCGAGAUCAUAUGUGGGAUUACUCGAGGGCUUCUUUAUCUUCAUCAAGAUUCAAGAUUUAAGGUCAUUCACCGGGAUCUAAAAGCUAGUAAUAUUUUGCUCAAUAGACAAAUGAACCCAAAGAUAUCUGAAUUUGGUAUGGCACGGAUUUUUGGGGGCGAUCAAAUUGUAGCGAAAACAAAGAAAGUGGUUGGAACAUAUGGUUAUAUGUCACCUGAAUAUGCAAUGGAUGGACAUUUUUCAACAAAAUCAAAUGUUUUCAGUUUUGAAAUUUUGGUUCUCGAGAUAGUAAGCGGUAAAAAGAACACAGGAUCAUGUUAUACACGUAGUGAACACAACCUUCUCACACAAGCAAUUUUCAUUCAUUUGGGGAGAUCUGUUCUUUCCAUUUCCUUUUUAAUGGAAUAA